AGCGCUCUCCCAUAAAAGAGCUGAGCUCUCGCCGGGCUCGUGGAGAGCAAGGGGGGGGACCAUGGACUUCAUCAGCAUUGAGCAGUUGGUAAGUGGAGAAAGAGUUGGUAGGAAAGCGUUGGAGUUUGGAUGUGGAGUUCCUGACCCUGGAGGCUGGCCUAGUGGCUGGACACCAGGACCCCAAGAGGCUGUGGCCCGGGAGAAACUAAAGUUGGAGGAAGAGAAGAGGAAGAGACUGGAAAGAUUUAACAGCUCCAGACUGACUCUGGACAAUCUGACAGACUUGGAAAACUUGAUUCAAAGACGAAGAAAAAAACGACAGAGACACAAAGUCCCCCCCAGGGAACCUGAGUCUGGGGCUGAGCCUCAGCCCCAGCCCCAGGUCCCACUGGAGCCUGUGGGCCUGGAAAUGUUCCUGAAGGCAGCUGCUGAGAACCAGGAGGCCCUGAUUGACAAGUACCUGGCAGACGGAGGGGACCCCAAUGCCCAUGACAAGCUCCACUGCACAGCCUUGCACUGGGCCUGUCUGAAGGGCCACGGACAGCUGGUGAACAAGCUGCUGGCGGCAGGGGCUGCUAUAGAAGCACGGGAUUUGCUGGACAGGACGCCCGUGUUCUGGGCCUGCCGUGGAGGACACCUGGACAUUCUCAAGCGGCUGCUUAACCAGGGGGCUCAGGUCAAUGCACAAGACAAGAUCUGGAGCACCCCUCUCCAUGUGGCAGUGCGCAUGGGCCACGUGGACUGCCUGGAGCACCUCAUUGAGUGUGGUUCCCACAUCAACGCACAGGAUAAGGAAGGGGACACAGCACUCCACGAGGCUGUGCGUUACGGGCACCACAAAGCAACGAAGCUGCUGCUGCUCUAUGGAGCCAAGCUGGGCAUGAAGAAUGUGGCCUCCCUGACACCAGUGCAGUUGGCUCGAGACUGGCAGCGAGGCAUCCGGGAAGCACUCCAGGCCCACGUGGGGCAUCCCCGCACAAGGUGCUGAUAACUGGCACCUUGUGAGUCACUCAUGGCCACCAUUCCACACCCACCCACCCACCACCCUAAAUGGUUCUCUACUCUAGUCUCAACUUCUCUCUGGCUUUGCUUCCUUGAGCCUGAGGCAACAGGUAGAGCAGCCUCCUGGGUUUCAGUGAGGAACACUGUUCCCUGCCAGGGCUGGAGCAGAGGACCACAGGGCAGCAAGAAACAAAGGGGGCCAGAUGAGGGCCAAGGCCAGAGCAUAAGUGAGCAGAUCAGCACUACCCCUCAGCUGGGUCUGGGCCUCUGUCUACCAGUCCUUAGACCAGGAGGCUGGCCUUGGCCUGUUCUCCUGUAAGUAGACAUUCAGAUGUGGCCAGCAGCUGCAUCCAGGGUGUGAGAGAAGAAAGGCUGAGUGCCAGGCAUCAGUGCAGGUCACUUCUGUCCUCUGGGCAGCGUUUCUCCUGGGACUUCAUUCCUAUCAGUAGCAACCCUGGUAGCGAGUGUCUGGUAGUGCUAGCCAUCUCUACUCUUCAGAGCUCUGAAGGUGGGGUUCUGGCAGGCUGAGGGGCAUGUCAGCAGGACUGAGGCCCUAUAGAAGCCAGUACCUACCACGUUACCCCGGAAGCUGGAGAGUGAUGAGCUGGAACUAGUGUUACUCUGGGGAAACUCUACCUAAAGGCUUUGGGCAGCCCUGCUUGCCUUAGUGAGGUCAGGGCGCUGGGCGCUGGGGAUUGCUUGUGGCCCACUCAAUUCUUGGGGCGGUGGCCCGCAACCCUAGCUUACCCCAAGGCUCUAACGCCCCCUGGUGCUGGAGAAAGCAAGAAAGGAGUCCUGUCCUGCACCUUUCUUUGGGACGAUGCCAAUGGUAUACAUCCCUCUCCAGUCCCGUGCCAGCUGGUGGUGUAAAGACACACAGGCUCCCUCCCACAUGGCUGCUUCCUGUCCCAGCUAUUUCCAGCCUCACUGGUGUAAACCUGUGCUGCAGGCAGGGCUGGCUCCUUAAGUUCCAGGAAGUGGACGUUUAAGAGCUGGGCCCCCAUUGAAGCCGCGGCUGAGCAGAGGGCAAAAGGUGACGGCUCUGCCUCCCAAACAGCCCCCGGCUGAUGCCCAUUUUUAAGCACUUAUUUUUUGAUGAAUUUUGGCAGCCUCUGGCCAUUGUUGCUACAUGAAGAACCUGACUAGUGUUCCCUCCUAGGGGGGGCGCCUAUCUUUCCAUUGGGCAGGUCCUGCCCCGUCAUGCCAACCAGCGUGCACCUUGAUACUGGUGCCGUAGGCAACACAGACAUUCAAGACUACUCAAUAUGACGACUCCUCAGAAAUGGGGACACUUAACUGACACACAAGGCAACUUUUUAUACAGAUCAAUGUUUUCUCAUUAAACUGAUUAUUCACCUCA